AUGGGUUUCAUAGAGAAGCUGUCACAUUUUGAUGCGGAGGUUGGUAAGGCGUGUUCAGUUAUUAAACAGACUCUUCAGCAGAUUGUUGAGAAACAAUUCAAUCUAUCUGAUGUUUUUGGCGAGUUAAUUGAUGAGGUCCUCCAUGCCGAGGCAGGUGACAACGAAGAUGCUUAUGAUGUGCAGAAAACCACAUCAAAAUCAGAUGAUAUUCUUCCCCAGACAGCUGAAGGAUGUACGUGUCCGGCCCCCCCAACUGUACCCGAUAUGUCUACUCCAGUUUCUCAGCUGGAUACGCAGUUUACAGACACACAGGGUAAACAUGGUGACGGUGGCAAGAACAUGCCGACCAAUACAAACGUCACUCCUAAAGCAACACCACACAUGGAUCCUGACGCGCCGAUAUUUGAUGCGACUCCGCAAAUCAAGUCUACUGGCGGCGUACAACAAGUGGCAGAAACAGACUUGCCUGACAGUGGUCCAUGCUUUGAUCAGACUCCAUCUGAACAUGUUUAUGUUGAAACCGAUCCAGCUACAAACACUCCACAGGUUGGCCAGGCUUCUCUUGAUUCGGAGAUGCAAACUGUGUUAGCUCUACGCGAAUAUUUGUGUGGUCUGCAAUCUGACACCGGCAGGACCAUAAUAGAUUAUGGUGAAUAUUCAGCGACAUGUUCUGACAUAUAUGAAUCUUUUGCCGAUGGGAAGUGUCUCGACAAUGUAUUCAUGCAGUGUUUCAUCCAAUGUGUUAUUGAUGAUGCAAAAAAUCAGCAGACUUCCAUGAGUUCGAACAGUUUGGUUCUUGAUGUUAAUGUUGGGUCAAUACUCAACUUUGAGGAACAGGAACGACACAGUCGCAACCCUCAACCUUUUGAUGAAUCUGUACUCCACACACUUCUAGACAAUUCAUUGCCUGAGACAGAUGAAUUGGACCAAUGCAAAGCGAUCAUGGUCCCCAUGGUAAGCAGGGGGCAUUGGACAUUGUAUGUUGUCAACAAGGUCAAGAAGUGCAUUCAUAUUUUAGAUUCCAACCCAUAUGGACCAACACUUGGUGGAACUACAUGGAAGGACUAUCAUUUUGCACAUUUGGGCUCAGGUGGCAGAAAGUUACCAUGGGCUAAGGUUAUUAUGAGCAGAUUAAACAAAGCAAUACAACAUGUACGGCCCAGUACAUGCUUUCCCAAGUUUGGUAACUUCACAAUUGACUUGUGCCCAAAUUGUCCUAACAUGGCAGCUGGAUCAAAUGACUGUGGGUUUUAUGUCAUGGGUUACAUUCUAUUUUAUCAAUGCGACGAAGGAUCUUUGCGGUCAGACAUAGAAGCAGGCAACACCAGUGAGAUACGUUCUCUUGCGCUGCAUUACAUCACAUUCCACCCGAAGAACAAAGCAUUAUCGCUGCUCCAAGACAUCCAAAGAUUCAAGGUCUAA